AUGGGAUCUGCAUCGAUCGCUUCCAUCGAUGUGCAUGAGAACAUGUCAAGCUCAGCAACGGCGGAACGCGAAUUCCCUGAAGUCACAUGGUAUCGAGAUCCAGGAUUGAGGAGGACCUACAUCUGUUUGAUAUUCGUCGUUCUCACAUCAGCAACAAACGGCUUCGAUGGCAGUCUGGUCAAUGGCCUGCAGUCGCUGGAGCCAUGGCAGGAGUACUUCGACCACCCCAAAGGCUCGCUCCUGGGUCUGUUCGCUUGCAUCAUGUCCGUGGGCUCCUUGGUAGCCCUGCCUGUCGUUCCAUACAGCGCCGACUAUCUCGGUCGUCGCUGGGGCAUCAUCAUCGGCUGCUUGAUCAUGAUGCUUGGAGUCGUGCUGCAGAGCAUUUCGAUCAAUUUUCGAAUGUUCAUUGCCGCACGUUUCUUCCUCGGAUUUGGCGUCGCCAUCGCUCACGGAGCCUCGCCUCUUCUGAUCACGGAGCUUGUGCAUCCUCAACACAGAGCAAUCUUCACCACCAUCUACAACACGACGUGGUACUUUGGGUCGAUCAUCGCCGCUUGGGUCACGUUCGGAACGAACCACAUGCCGAACAACUGGUCAUGGCGUAUUCCAUCGAUCCUACAAGCAGCACCAUCUAUACUGCAACUCAUCUUCGUCUGGUUUGUUCCAGAGAGCCCCCGUUUCUUGCUUGCCAAGGGUAAGGCAGAAGAAGCCCACAACGUUCUGGCCAAGGUCCACGCCAACGGGAACAAGGAAGACGAAGUUGUCCUGCUUGAGCUGCAGGAGAUCAAGGAUACCAUCACCUUGGAGAAGGAGUUCGAAGGCAACGGCUGGUUGCAACUCUUCAAGACCAAGGGCAACCGCCGCAGGUUGAUCAUCCUGCUUUCUCUUGGUCUUUUCUCGCAGUGGUCUGGAAACGGGCUUGCCUCAUACUACCUGAACCUCGUGCUGAACGACAUCGGUGUGACAAACAGCAACACACAACUCGUCAUCAACGGCUGCCUCCAGAUCAUGAACUUCAUCGUUGCAAUUGGCCAGUGCUUCGUGGUCGACUACGUGGGCCGAAGGACCCUCUUCUUGGUCUCAACCUCCGGCAUGCUCGGGGCUUUCAUCAUCUGGACUGCCUGUGCGGGCGAGUUUGCAAAAUCUGGCGUCCAGGCACUCGGCAAUACUGUGAUAGCCAUGAUUUUCUUGUAUUACGUUUUCUAUAACCUUGCCUGGAGUGGCAUGCUGGUGAGCUACUCUGCAGAGAUCUUGCCGUACAAUAUCCGAGCCAAGGGCAUGACGCUGAUGUUCCUGAUGGUGGACCUCGCGCUCUUCUUCAAUCAAUACGUCAAUCCAAUUGCACUGGAAAACAUCGCAUGGAAAUACUACAUUGUCUAUUGCGCAUGGCUGGCAGUCGAGCUCUUAGUCGUGUACUUCUUCUACAUCGAAACUCGAUACACCCCCUUGGAAGAGAUCGCCAAGCACUUCGAUGGCGAAGAUGCUAUCGUUGGAGGCGCCGUGGCCACGGAGAAGAGCAAGGUUCUAGCCGCAGAAGUUGGUGGAUUGGACACUGUCGACCUUGACAAGAAGAACUAUCACGUGGAGCACAAGGAAUUGUGA